AAUGCUUUAUUCUUCUCAAAUAAGAGAUUUAUUAAUUAGGGAAAAAGUAUCUGUAUUUUUAAAAUUCUUAGUCUAAACCAAUAAAUAAGUUGAAUGAAUUCUAUUAGAAUGAUUCAUAAGGCAUAUGUAGAAGAGAUAUUCUCGUUUAAUGGAUUGUGGCCGUAUCUAUAUUCACAUAUAAAUAGUAAGCUUCUCAAUUUAGACAUUCUCUAAAAACUAUAGAACUGACAGUCAUAUAUAUUGAUACUUAUCUUAAUUAUUUUAAGAUAACUUAAGAAUAUCUAUAAUUACUAGGAAUUUCGGCCUAUUCUUUAGCAACUAAAGUAAAUAUGAAAAUAAAUUGUAGUAUAAUGAAACAGAAGCCAUGGCUUAGAUUAAAUUAUAUGAUUCUAAUGGCUAGAAUCUAUAUUAGAAUGUAGAGUAUGAUGAAAUGGAAGAGUAGAUAAUAAAAGUUAUGGGGUUUUAGUUAAACUACAUUACAUCAUCAGAUUAUUUAUUGGCAAUGAAUAUUGAAAUCAAUGAAAAUGUUUAGAGUUUAUUAAUGUUCAUUCUUCUAGGUAUUUCUUUCAAUUAUUCUAGAUUUCGAUAUUUACCAAUAUUCUCACAUAGAACUUGCAUUGGCUAUUAUUGCAUAUCUUCAAGACGAAUAAAUCUAAUUUACAGAUAAAAUUCUUAAGUUAUCCCAAUUCAUACAUAAUAAAAUACUCAGGGCUUAAGAAGUAGAAAUAGGUAAAUAGUAAAAUGAAGAUUCUAAAAGUAAAAUUAGAAAUUAACAAAUAAACAAAAAGAUUACUAAAAACAAAGGUUUGACUCACUAAAGAGCUCUAAAACAAAAGAUUUGAA